UAUCCCUAUCCGGCUAUCCCCAUCAUCAGCUCCUCCCUUCCCCACCCACAAGCCCUGUCCACCACACCACCAACAAACUCGUACGAGACACAGCCAGCCCAUGGCCUCUCGCGACGGCGCCGCCACCUUCCAAGUCUACCGGCCCAUGCCCGCGCCGUCACCGGCCCCGCCGCCGAUGUCUCUGUCGGCGGCCGCCGCCGACGCCGCGGCGCCCGCGCCGAAGAAGGCAAAGAGCCCCGGCGGCGCGUGCAAGGACCGGCACAGCAAGGUGAACGGGCGCGGGCGGCGCGUGCGGAUGCCGAUCGUGUGCGCGGCGCGCGUGUUCCAGCUCACCCGCGAGCUCGGGCUCAAGUCGGACGGGCAGACCAUCGAGUGGCUGCUCCACCAGGCCGAGCCUUCCAUCCUCGCGGCCACGGGGUCCGGCACCACCCCCGCCGUCUUCUCCUGCUCCUCCGCCCCGUCCACCUCCGCCGGCGCCGGCGCCUCACUCACGCUCCUCGGCAAGCGCCCGCGCGAGGAGCACGAGCCGGCGCCGGCGCCGGCGCCGUUCUGGGUGACCCCGACCCUGCAGGCGCGGCCCGUGGCGGCGUCGUGGGGCCUGUCGCCCGCGCAGGAAGCGGCGGCGCAGGCGUACGCGUCGGUGGCGGCGCAGGGCCACCACCACCUCAACCUGCUCUCCGUGCUCUCCGGCGCCACGAGGCCGUCAGAGGAGGAGUCCCGGUGACUCCCGCCGCCGCCGCCGCGGCAUUGUUGCCGCGUAAUCGCAUGCGUCGACGCGUGGCAUGCCGCGCUUUUGCGUCUCGUUUCUUUCGUGCAUCUCCGCUUUCCGGAGGUGCAUUUCGCGUGUUUUUUUCCUGUGAUUUUGCGAUGUGAGGCGGAGGAAGGAUCAAGAACGCGAGAUCGGAUCGGGGUAGCGGUUGUAGAUAGUAGCAUUCCAUCAGGUUUGUGUUUUGUGAUGGAAUGGAGCUUGUGCGUCCUCGCCGCAGCGUGUCUGCGACUCUGCGGUGGUUUCUGUGGUGUGGUUAUGUAUGCAUGCCGAAUUGUCAACUGAUCUGAAUUCUAACACACACAAUGUCCAGGCCAGGUGUGAUCUGAAUUCUUCUGCAUGAUAUUGCCCUGCUGAUUGGAAUACAAA